CUCCAAAAAGAACCGCACCCCAAGAGCUGAUUCUCUAAAGGCCCUUGUCUUUGGGGUUUCAUGAUGCAUGUUGCAUGGAAAUGUGGCUUGCUGUGGCACUGAGGACGUUCGUUCUGCUUGCAGACUGUGUCAAGGUUGAGCCGCUGAACUACUGGCAGCUAGCGCGAGCCACCGCCUUCCCGCUGCACGUGGUGCAGCUCUGUGUGCAAGAGACCAUCCUCUUGUACUGCCUCUUCCUGAAGGACAAGGUGCACGUCUCGUUCGCCUUCAAGGACUUGGGCGUUCUGACGUGCGAAGAUGACUUCCUCUGCAUGACGUUCUACUACAACUGCACUGCUAUGCCGGAAAGCAAUGCAAGACCGAUUGCAGCGCUCCACAGCUGCUUGCCCCCACGGCUUUCUCCACUGGCCAACGAGAUUUCCUGGAUCCCUGCUCCUGCAGAAAGCCUGGCACUGUUCUUGCACGGCCUCGCUAUUUUGACAAGAUCAGCAGAGGUGAGGGAACAGGACCCUGCUGUGCGGAGGUGGGCCCUGUCCCGUGCCGGGUGACCAGAUCCAGGUUCGCAUGCCGUGCCUGUGGGGCUGCUCUGAAGAGCUUCUUCCUUCCCUAGUUCCAGGGGCCCUGCCAUCAGGCUGCUGCAGAGGCAGAAGACGCUUCCCCUCUCCGUGCUGCUGAGCUGCGAGCCAGGCAGGAGGCAGCAGGAUGCGUCCAAGAAGCCUUCUGCCAGGUGAGAGCCUUGGGCAAAAUGAGGAAGGAGAUGCGUGAGCUCAUGUCGGAGUCACCUCCCCUUUGGACCUGCCAGCUGUCGGGACUCAGAAAGCCUCCUGACACACAUGCGUCCCAGUGGGGGCCGUUCUCUCAAGGGAUGGCAAGCGCACAGCAUGAUUGCCCAAGGCAGACACGCCAGCUUCAUUUUCCACCCCGGUCCCCCAUCUCUUGGGGUGCUGAAUCCCGAUCCCUAUGGGUCACAGAAGCUCUUCUCCCUUCAGGGGUCUCUCCACAUUGCAACGGAGCCCAUCUUUAUGGUUGUGGGAGCACGAGGGGAGACCAAGGUGCCCCAUGCUCCUGCACACUCCUCUUGGUGUCUGUUUGCAGCGUGCUCCCACCGGGUGCAGGCAGACCCCCCGGGACAAAGAUAGUGGGACAAAAGGAACCAGCUCCUCCAGCCCAGCCCAGCCCAGCGCAGCACUCCCUGCGACGGAAGACUCUAAGAGAGCGCUGCAGGUGCCGGCUCUGCCUUGCUGCAGGGACUGUGCUGCUUGAGAUGGCACAAAUCAUAGAACCAUCGAAUGAUAGAAAGCUUUGGCUUGGAAGGGACCAUUCAGAUCAUCUAGUUCCAAGCCCGCUGCUCUGGGCAGGGACACCUCUCUCUAGACCAGGUUGCUCCAAGCCCAAUCCAGCCUGGUCUUGCGUGCUUCCAUAGGGAGGGGAGCAAAAGCCUCUGAGUGUGCAGCCAUCUGGAGCAGAGCCCUUGGGGUGCCAUCGUUCCACAUCUCUGUCCGCUCCUUCAGCUCCUCUGCAGGAGAUGGAGGGUGCUGCACACCUUCCCUGUCUCUUCUCGCCUCCCGGCCUGCCACCUGGCACAGCACACUGAUUUUGACCAGGGGCUGUGAGAGAGGAACACGGCCAUUCUGCAUCCCUGACAGCAGAGGCCUUGGGUCUCCACAGGUCUCCAGGCUGUUUUUGCCACAAGUUCGGGGCCGCUGGACCUUCAGGGCCAAAGCAGUGCCGGCAGGCCGGCAGAGGCGAGGGGCAGGAGCGCG